GUACAAUCUAUCCUCUCCGCCACCUCUUCGCGGAGUCCGAAAUUCUCCAGAAGAUCGCAUGAUGAACACAACUAGCAUGACUUGUGGACGUUUCCACAUCCGGAACGUCCACAGUUGAAGGCGUUUAAAGUCACGAUGAGCGCGAGGUUUAAAGACCCUAACACAACGCUUUAAGACUCUCAGUCCACGCCCAACCACCUUCCUCAAGAAAUAUGUUCUUCAAGCCCUUCUUACCGCAAAUUCCUGCUGGAUUCAGGAUGUUGAGCCCUAUGAAAAACAGCCCCGCUCGGGAGCCAAAGGCACCCGCACUCAUUGACAACAACGCACCUCCCACACAGGGCCUUCCGUACGUCUUCGAGGUUAACUCGUCCAACACUACCCAUGUUGGCCGUACACCCAAGACUGCUUGUAUGCCAAAAGUCUUCAAGAAGAGCGCCCCUAUCAAGCCUUCCCCCAGUCAAACGGCCCACACUCGCCGCAAACACGGUCACAAGCGCUUCACCUACCAUCUCAGCCUCACUCGACCUGGCCUACGUCGCAGAGGCCCCAGGUUUAACCGCCCAGCCAAGCUUCAGCGUGAAAAAGCAGUGGUGGCUCUCGACAAACUCGAAGACAUCGCCUUCCAGACCAUGCAAGCCGGCUCUAUGACCGAUGAAGAUCGUAUCUUCCUCAAGCAACUCGAAGAGCUCCGCCUCGACCAGCUGCGCAAGCACUCGCUUGGAGAUGCUAGGGAGACAGUCGCCCGUGCUGAUGCGUUGGGUCCCCAACGUGAGUUGGAGCACGCAGAGCGCGACCGCCAAGCUGCCCUGAGAUUAGAGGAAAAUGCACGCAGAAAGAAGGAAGAGGAAGAAUCGCGCCGUUUGGAGGAGCUGCGCCAUUUGGAGGAGGAGAAGCGUAGACAAGAGGAGAUCAAACGUAAACAGGAAGACUAUAAACGCCGCGCAGAGGAAUGGGUACGCCGUCGUGAGCAGCGGAAGCGCGAACGCGAGGCCAAACGGGAGGAAGAGGAACGUGCACGCCUUCAUUUGCAGCGCGAGCGCGAGCUCCGGGCCAAAAAGGCGGCUUUCCGUAAAGCCCAACAGGAAGCUGAACGCCGGGCCCGCGAGCAAGCAGAGCAGCGCCUUCGCGAAGAAGCUCGACGACAAGAGAGGCAACGCCAGGAGGACCUUCGUCGUAACGCACCUCAAGCGGAUAUCGUAGCUUUUUUGCAGCUCUACGAUGCCAAGUGGAACGAGCUCAAACACAACAAGAACUUGACUUCAGUCAUGCUCUGCGAGAUGCCCUGGCCCAUGUUUGCGCAAGGUUGUACAUCCCCCGAUGAUAUUUCUCGUCGCAGCCUAGAGGCAUUCAUCUUCCACCCCAUCCGCCCGGGGAUAAAGAUCAAGUCACGUAAGGACAUAUUUAGGGCAGAGAUACUUAGAUUCCACCCCGACAAGUUCAACUCGCACUUCGUGCUCAAGUUGCGGGAGUGCGAUAGGGACAAGGCGCUCGAAAUCGCAGGAGCGGUGGCUAGAACACUGACGGAUAUGAUGGCUGAGGAGAUUGAGAGUGAGAAGAGUUGAUAGGCUGGAAUACUGUAUUCGUUUGCAAUCAAUUACUCAAAGUUUAGCUCAAGUAUACGUCCCUUAUGUGAUCUGAUCGUAUGACUAUGAAUGUACCAAAAACGUGUUCAAUUUUGCAAGCAAGUUCUGCUCGAGUCACAGGAAUAUCAAUAGGAGGAACGAUC